GGUAAUCCACCUGCCCUGGUUUCCGUUUUUCCCUCUUCUCUUUUACGCCGUCUGAUGAUUGGAUCGCUCUCGCUUUCACACACAGACGGCGGCGAAAUGCGGUGGCCUGUGGCGAAAACCUCUCGUUUCCUGCGGGAAAUUUCCGUUUGAUCCGAUCCGGCCACUCGGGAUGGCCGAUCGAAGCGGCCGCCGGCUCGCCUCGGCCUUCCUCCCGCCGCUCUUUCUCGCGUUGAUCCAUCUGUCCCUCUGGCACCCGGUCUCCGAUCUCUCAACUAGCCUCCAUGGCUCGAGCGAAACCACCGCCGCACCUACCCGGAACCACGUUGUCAGAUUUCUGGAGUACCGGAUGGCGGAGGACCACCGGGCCUACCUCGAGGAGAAACUUGGAUCCCGUAGCGGCUGGAGGUGGGUUGAGCGAAGGAACCCGGCGGCCUUGUUUCCGACAGACUUUGGAGUUAUGGAGAUCGAGGAAUCGGGUCGGGCUUCUAUGGUCCUGGAGCUUAGGAUGCUGGGGCGAGUUAAGGAUGUGUAUGUUGAUACUAGUUAUUCGAGGAGCUUGUUUGUGCAAGAGAGUCGCAAAGGAGGCAGGGGCCUUGAUGAGUCGAAGAAGAGACCUGGGAAGAUUUUUACAUCGAUGUCUUUCGAAGAAGAAACGGAGGUUUAUAGUCCGUUUAGCAAUGCUUCCAUUAGCUGGAGAAGAACGCUGAUGAUGAUGCAGCAGAGAUCUCAAGUUACUUCUCUCUUUGGAGCUGAUAGACUUUGGAGUAAAGGUUUCACUGGGAAGAAGGUAAAAAUGGCGAUUUUUGAUACUGGUAUUCGAGCAGAUCACCCACAUUUCCGGAACAUUAAGGAGCGAACAAAUUGGACAAAUGAGGAUACCCUAAAUGACAAUCUUGGACAUGGAACCUUUGUAGCUGGAGUUAUUGCUAGUGAAGAUGCAGAGUGCUUGGGCUUUGCACCAGACACAGAAAUUUAUGCUUUUCGUGUAUUUACAGAUGCACAGCCUCAAUGCAGGUUUCUUAUACAUCUUGGUUUCUUGAUGCAUUUAACUAUGCUAUAGCAACUAACAUGGAUGUGCUAAAUCUGAGUAUUGGUGGCCCUGACUUUCUGGAUCUCCCAUUCGUGGAAAAGGUAUGGGAGCUCACGGCAAAUAAUAUAAUUAUGGUGUCAGCUAUUGGGAAUGAUGGACCUCUGUAUGGAACACUUAAUAAUCCUGCAGAUCAAAGUGAUGUGAUUGGAGUAGGUGGCAUUGAUUAUAAUGAUCAUAUUGCAUCUUUCUCUUCACGUGGAAUGAGUACGUGGGAGAUUCCUCAUGGUUAUGGUCGUGUGAAACCUGACGUGGUUGCCUAUGGUCGUGAUAUAAUGGGAUCUAAGAUCAGCACAGGUUGCAAGAGCCUCUCAGGUACUAGUGUAGCAAGUCCAGUUGUUGCUGGUAUUGUCUGCUUGCUUGUGAGCAUCAUACCAGAGAGCAUGCGGAAGACAAUUUUAAAUCCUGCAACCAUGAAGCAAGCUCUAGUUGAGGGUGCAACCAAACUCUCUGGUCCCAACAUGUAUGAACAAGGUGCUGGCAGAAUCAACCUAUGGGAAUCAUAUCAAAUCUUGGAAAACUACCAACCAAGAGCCAGCAUUUUCCCCAGUGUCCUUGACUAUACUGAUUGUCCUUACUCAUGGCCUUUUUGUCGGCAACCUCUUUAUGCUGGUGCUAUGCCUGUCAUCUUUAAUGCAACCAUACUCAAUGGUAUGGGCGUCAUUGGUUACAUUGAGUCACCGCCCAUAUGGAACCCUUCUGAUGACGUGGGAAACCUGCUAAGCAUCCAUUUCACAUAUUCAGACAUUAUCUGGCCUUGGACAGGAUAUCUUGCACUGCACAUGCAGAUUAAGGAUGAAGGUUAUCAGUACUCUGGACUUAUCGAAGGCAAUGUGACGCUUACAGUGUACAGUCCAUCAUCUAAUGGAGAGGAAGUGCACCAAAGUAGUACAUGUGUACUUCAUCUGAAACUGAAAGUGGUUGAAACACCUCCUAGAUCACGAAGAAUUUUGUGGGACCAAUAUCACAAUAUAAAGUAUCCACCUGGAUACAUACCGAGAGACUCUUUGGAUGUCCGGAAUGAUAUACUUGAUUGGCAUGGUGAUCACUUGCACACAAAUUUUCAUAUUAUGUAUAACAUGCUAAGGGAUGCAGGAUACUAUGUGGAAACCCUUGGAUCACCUUUUACAUGUUUUGAUGCUAGUCAUUAUGGAACACUUCUUAUGGUGGACCUGGAAGAUGAAUAUUACAAGGAUGAAAUAGAGAAACUAAGGGAUGAUGUUUUAAAUGAAGGGCUAGGUAUUGCUGUCUUUGCUGAAUGGUAUAAUGUAGACUCAAUGGUUAAAAUGAGAUUUUUUGAUGACAAUACAAGGAGUUGGUGGACACCUGUUACUGGUGGUGCAAAUAUUCCGGCACUCAAUGAACUUUUAGCUCCAUUUGAUAUUGCUUUUGGGGACAAAAUCUUGAAUGGUGACUUUUCAAUUAAUGGAGAACAGAGCCAUUAUGCCUCAGGCACUGAUAUUGUGAUGUUCCCGAAAGGUGGUUAUUUGCAUAGUUUUGAAUUUCAAGACAAUUCGGAGGCUAGUGCAACACAGAACAUACUCUCCUCUGGGAUGACUAAGGUGUUCCCAAUUCUUGGCCUCGUAGAAGUUGGGAAAGGGAGAAUUGCUGUUUAUGGAGAUUCAAAUUGCCUCGAUGGAAGUCACAUGGUAACGAACUGCUAUUGGCUAUUAAGAAAAUUUUUGGAUUUCACUAGCAGGAACAUUAAGGAUCCAGUGCUCUUCUCAGACUCGUCGAAAACUAACAAGCCACUUCAUGUAGACAAGAGCCAGUUGCCAGUACGCAGAACAGAUGUUAACUUUUCUUCUUAUUCUUCGGUAGUGGGUAAAGAUUUGAUCUGCCAUCGGGAUACUAGGUUUGAGUUUUGGGGGACAAGAGGAUAUGGUAUUCAUCAACACAUUGGUAGAAAUAGGAAAUUGCCUGUGUACCAACCCAUUGAUAUGGCUAGUGAUGCAAAUACUACAAUGGGUUUAAAUCUGAAGUCGGAUGAGUUUACAAUACAAGACAGUUCGAGAAAUCAUUCUGAAGUAAUUGACAGGAACAAAUCCAGAACUAGCAUUGAUUUCUUAGGUCUGCUCAACCGUGAUGAGGUUGAUGUUCCGAUGUUGAUGGCCGGUCAAUGGAUGAUUCCUCUUUUAGUUGCAUUAACUUGUUUUCUAUUAUAUCUGAGUUGGCGAAUGCGGCAGAGACGACGAAGAAGAAGGAAAGGCUCUGUAUCAGGACGGCUGAUGAACAUGGUGUAGCAGCCAAUCCAUGAAUAGGAUAAACUUUUACUAGAUGAGCAUCCAUCAGAUGCGCUAUUUACAAAUUAAUCGAAUAGAAAAUUUCAGCUAGCUGACAGCCCAAUUUCCCGUUCUUGGCCAAUUUACUGGAUUUUUUUUGGGUAAGUUGUACAUCCCUCCAAGCCAAGCACUACGGUGUUUUAUGACCCUGAAGAGAAAGAAUGCCGACGACUAUCCAUAGAUCAAUCUAAUAGAGAAGUUGCUGCUGGGUACAUUGUAUCAUCCAAAUUUUCCAUUAUAUAUAAUAUGUUGCAUUCCGUAAACAUUCUACCUGUAGUUUCUUUCUUCAUUAAGAAUUUCCAGUUCAAACUUUUCUAUAGAAAACUUAUUCGAUUCAAAUA